ACAGUCUCAGUAUUUAGCUUCAUCAUGGCUGGACGCCUGUUGUUUGUCAUCCUCGUGUAUUCCUUUCAUGAGAUUCAAGUACAAGGUCAAAAACCACUAAUGAGUCUUCAGCAUUUUCAUGGUGACUACGUUCUCUUUACUUGCUCUCUGCCUGGAUCUACCAAUAAUGAUACGAGAUGUAACCUGUACUUUGGAGAAGCAAGUCGUCCAGUUCUAACAACAACUAUCUGGAGGAGAGCAUCCAUAAAACCCAAACACUGGUUCUGCCAGUUUACUGUCACAACUGAUGAUUUGCUGAGACAUUUACAUUCAGUUCAACAAAGCAAUGCCAGCUGUGAUUACAGAUUGGGAAGUGAACCCAACUUUUUGUCUCCUCGUAGCGAUGGAUACAGCUUGACUGAUAUUGUGGAAAGAGAAUCAGGCAUGCCCCCCAUACAAUCAGCAUUUACUACGACCACAGAUUUGACUGUUAGCGGGCCUGGUGCUUCCACUGUUGUAACUUUUGCUACUUCCACUGUUGUAACUCCUGUGAAACCAGCGUCAGAUAUUGUGGAAAUACAGUCACACAUGACGCAGACUAAGCCAACAUUUACAAUGACCACAGAUGUUUCGGAAAUAAUGUCACACACGCCGCGGACUAUGUCGACAUUUACUGUGACUACAGGUCUGACUGUUAACAAGCCUCAUGCUUCCACUCCUGUAACUCCUGCAAAACGAACAUCAGGUCUGACUGUUGGUAGACCAAGGAUCACUGAUAUCUCUGCUUCUCUAAAACCUGAGAAACCUGCAUCAGAAACACGGAUAUGGAAGUUGUUAGUAGUUGCGGCUGGUUUUGGAGUAACUGUGGGUGUUAUCUUACUGGGAGUGGCACUUCUAUCUACCAAAAGAAGAACUGAAAGAUGUUCUUACAAGAGGACACAAGCCAGUGUCAAAGGUAAUGAUGAAACCUACAGUGUGAUCGUCUCAGUACCUGGUGCUGACUGUCCUACUGGUUCUGAGAAACUGAACAGGCAAGAGCCUCAAAAUGAGCAUUCUGACAUAUACCAUGUGUACUCCACCAUCUCUGAGGAACCACCUCCAUCAGCCCUGAAGGACGUAGUGUACAGCACCCUGCAGGCACACUGAAACACAAACUUUUUUAUAUUGUAUGUCUUUAACUUGGUGUUUGUAUGUUUUUUCUAUGUAAGCAAAGCACAGAAACUGUCUGUGUUUCGGUAGUAUUGAAAUAAAAAUAGGCAUCCUUUGAGUCCA